UCCGCUCCCGGUCGCAAUCACACUUCCUUUUCGAGCAGCAGCGGACGGAUCGAGGAAGAGAGACAGAAUGCUGGCCACCAGAGCUCUGAGUCUCGUCGGCAAACGUGCCCUCUCCACAUCUGUCUGCCUACGAGGAGGACAUGGUGUUGCUAAGAUCGAGGACUACGCUAUGCCUGCCUACUUUGACAGGCUGGAUAACCCCCUCCCGGACAUCCGCUAUGUGCAGAGCCUGACUGAAGAGCAGCAGUCCCUGAAGGACAAGGAGAUGGGCUCCUGGGCUACACUCUCCAAUGAGGAGAAGAUUGCAUUGUACCGCAUCAGCUUCCACCAGAGCUUUGCAGAGAUGAACCAGGGAUCAGCAGAGUGGAAGUCUGUGGUCGCAGGGCUGUUGUUCCUAACCGGCUUCACUGGGUUCGUUGUGCUCUGGCAGAGAAAGUUUGUGUAUGGACCAGUCCCACACACAUUCUCACCUGAGUGGAAAGAGAAGGAGCUGCAGAGGAUGCUCGACAUGAGAAUCAACCCGAUUGAGGGAUUCUCUGCCAAGUGGGACUACGAAAACAAGCAGUGGAAGAAGUAAAGGACCAAGAGGACAAUAACUCAUACUUGAAGACAAAAGCAGACCAACUCAAUUCAAAAGAAUACUUAUAUUUCUGUAUUUAUCACUUGUCACAUACCUCAGAUUGUGCAUUUGGAAGACCUCUUCCUCUUAUGGUCCUUGUGUAUUAUAGAAAUGAGAAUAAAGGUAAAAUGAUAAAA